UUGUACCCUGCUCUCAUGAGGAAAGGAGAGUAAUGAAUAGGCCUAUGAGAGAUCAGACUUAUUCUUUUGUUGAAGCUGAGCAGGUUAUUGGUAGAGGUGAUGAUAAGAAAGUCAUCUUGGGCAUGCUUCUCGCUUCUUCAUCCACUGAUGGCGAGCACGCGCAGAGGGACAAAAUGCUCCCUGUCAUAUCAAUUGUGGGAAUGGGAGGCAUGGGGAAGACAACUCUAGCAAAACUCGUAUUUAAUGAUCCCCAGGUUGAGGAAUGCUUUGAGAUGAGAUUAUGGGUGUGUGUUUCAGAUGUCUUUGAUAUCAAGGAUAUCAUUGAGAAGAUCCUCAAGUCUGCAAUCAACAAAGAGAUACCCAAGUUAGAGAUGGAGCAGCUACAAGGUCAAUUGCAGAAGGAAAUUGGUGAUAAAAAAUACUUGCUUGUUCUAGAUGACGUGUGGAAUGAAAUUCGUGAGAAAUGGCUCGAGUUGAGGGACCUCUUGAAGAUUGGUAGAAAGGGAAGUAAAAUCAUGGUAACUACUCGAUCAAGGGAUGUGGCCAAAAUAAUGGGCACUUUUCCUCCUCAUGAGUUACAAGGUCUAUCAGAGGAGAAGUCCUGGGAAUUAUUUAAAAAGAUGGCAUUCAAUGAAGAAGCUCAACAAAAUCCACAACUACUGAAGGUUGGCAAGGAGAUUGCCAAGAAGUGUGGGAAACUUCCUUUGGCCAUAAGAACCGUAGGCAGUCUGCUUUAUGGUAAGGAGGAGAUAAAGUGGUUGUCAAUCAAGGAUACAAGUCUUGCAAAAAUACCUGAGAGCCAAAGUGAAAUUAUGAGCAUUCUCAGGCUUGUGGUCGCCAUUGAAAAAUUGCUUUGCUUAUUGCUCUUUGUUUCCAAAAAACACUGGGUUGAAGAAAGAAAUUUUGAAAGAGCUUUGGAUGGCGAUAUAAGAAAAGAUGAAUGGGGUGCUAUUACGUAUUGCAAAAUGCAUGACUUGAUGCAUGAUCUUGCUCAAGAAGUGGCUGGAGUCAAGUUCAAGCUUGCAAAUUUAGCAGAAAGCAAACUUAAUGGCAAAAUCCUCCACUUGUCCUUUGGUCAUCAUUUGUCCUCCUUGUGGAAAAUUCCAACUGGCAUGCUAGAUUUGAAGCUGUUGCGUACGUUUCUCUUGCCGGAGCAAAUAAUGGAAGAGCGAUUAAGUGAUCAGUCUCUGUUUAGCAAAUCAAUUUGCCAACAGUUGAUAAGAAGAUUUAGUUGCUUGCGGGUGUUAGAUCUACAUAAUCUCAAACUCAAGAGUUUGCCAAGUUCAAUUGGUAAGCUUAUUCACUUGCGAUUCCUCGAUUUAUCUGAAACACUUAUUGAAGAACUUCCUGAUUCAAUCACAGAUCUCCAAAAUUUGCAAACACUACAUCUAAAUUUCUUUCUGCUAAGAACACUACCAGAAAAUAUUAGAAAACUUGUUAAUUUGAGGUGCCUUGAUGUUGAUAUUUGUACAAAAUUAACUCACAUGCCAUCAGGGCUAGCAGGAUUGACUUCGCUGAAUAGGCUGCCUUCUUUUAUAGUUAGUUAUGAUCAUUCUGCAAAGUUAUGGAACAAGCCCAAGAGUAGUGCUAAAUUGAGUGAUCUAAAGGAACUCAAUAACUUGAGAGGUGACCUGUGUAUAAAGAUCCACAGAGAUUUAAAAAAGAACCCGAUAGAAGAAGCAUCAGAAGCAAACUUGAGCAACAAACAGGGGCUGACUGAAUUGUGCAUAGGUUUUUUCAAAGAUGAGUGUGUUGACAAUGUUUGUAACCAUGAUGAAGCUGUGCUGGAGGGCCUCAAACCGCAUUUUAAUUUAAGGACACUGAUUAUUCGACGCUAUUAUGGACAGAAGCUCCCAAGUUGGGCAAGGAGGGGUGAUUUGUGUAGUAAUCUUCCAAAUUUGGUUCAAAUUACACUUGUCGAUUGUAAAUGUCAACAAGUCCCUGUCUUUAGCCAACUUCGUUUCUUGAAGGAUCUUAGUAUGUGUUCCAUGGACAACGUGGAAUAUAUGGAGGAUGGUGUAUGUGACAAUUCCUCGCCAUCAUCAAAAUCGCAAGGGAUGCAAACUCUAUUCUUCCCAUCUCUUGAAGUACUUGACUUAUCUUAUAUGAAAAAUCUAAAAGGAUGGUGGAAAGGAGUAGAAGCAAUUGUGAGUACAAAUGAUUCAGAGAGUAAAUCGUCAUCUGAAUUAGUUGGGGCGUGCCAACAAUAUGAUCAUCAUCAAUUAUCCAUGCAAUUUUGUAAUCUCUCAAAAUUAAGUAUAUUAAAUUGUCCAGAGUUGAAAUUCCUGCCAAAUUCUCCAAAAGUGGAGGUUUUGACAGUAAGAGGCACCAAUAAGAGGCUCUCAGUAUUGAAGAUGGAAACAACUCUAUCAACGACAACAGCAUCUUGUUCUGUUUCGGGAAGGGCUGAAUUGAAGUUGAAGGAGCUGACAACGGAUAAUGUGGAAGACCAACUUAUGUCCCUCCCUAAACAAUGUCUGCACCAGCUUUCUUCAUUAACUGUUCUGUGGGAUGAGAAGCUGGUGAGCACUAAAAGUCUAGGUGAAGCGUUUGCAACUCUAUCUUAUUCUCUCCGAAGUUUGGAAUUCAUAAACUGUGGUAACCUCAGAAGCAUAUCUCAAGGCCUGGAACAUCUGACUGCAUUGGAGAAAUUGACCUUUAGGUACUGUGCCAUGCUUGACCUAUCAGUAAACGAACAGCCAACGGCAAGUGGAGAGGGAGAUGAAAUGAUGCCAUGGAAAGCCUUCGAAACUAAUCUUCGCUCUUUAGAAUUUAGUAGCCUUGAUAAAAUGGUGGGUCUGCCGAGUGGUCUUCAACAUUUGACGAACCUCCGUUAUCUGCUUUUAUCAGGAUUUGACGAAUGGAGGGAAAUACCAGAAUGGAUAAGUUGUUUGUCCUCUCUUGAAGACCUGAAUUUGUAUUAUUUUCGCAGAUUGGCAUAUCUACCAGAAUCCCUUCGCAACCUCACCUCACUAAAUAAUCUCACUAUUGCUGGAUGUCCAAGAUUGACAAAAAGAUGUCGACGCCCAAAUGGUCUCGACUGCCCCAAGUUUCAACAUGUCCCUCUUGUUGUUGUUAAAGAUGCCCCAGAUUUGUGUAAAACUGCAAUUAAUGGUAGCGAUUUUACAUUUACAACUGUAAUUGUUAGUAGCGAGGAAGUCCUGAAGAGUCUGGGAUCAAAGGCCCUUGCUGAGGUUGCCUCAGCUUGGGGCUUCAAGGCUCAGCUCGAGAAGCUCAAGGAUACCAUCAACACUAUCAAAGGGAAGCUGUCCGAUGCUGAAGAGAGGCAAUCUGAUGAUGCUGUUCGUGGUUGGCUUGACAGGCUUACCACUGUUGUCUAUGCUGCUGAUGACUUGUUCGAUGAGUUUGCUACUACUGCUGCACGAAAACAACUCACGGGUGGAAAUAAGAAGCUUGCUGACAUUGUCAGUGAUGGUACACGGAUCAACUUUGUACCCUGCUCUCAUGAGGAAAGGAGAGUAAUGAAUAGGUCUACGAGAGAUCAGACUUACUCUUUUAUUGAUGCCGAGGAAGUUAUUGGUAGAGAUGAUGAUAAGAAAGUCAUUUUGGACAUGCUGCUUGCUUCUUCUUCCACUGACGGCGAGCACGAGCAGAGGGACAGGAUGCUCCCUGUCAUCACAAUUGUGGGAAUGGGAGGCAUGGGGAAGACAACUCUAGCAAAACUCGUAUUUAAUGAUCCCCAGCCCAAGUUAGAGAUGGAACAGCUGCAAGGUCAAUUGCGGAAAGAAAUCGGUGAUAAGAAAUACUUGCUUGUUCUAGAUGACAUGUGGAAUGAAAAUCGUGAGAAAUGGCUUGAGUUGAGGGACCUCUUGAAGAUCGGUAGAAAGGGAAGUAAAAUCGUGGUAACGGCCCGAUCAAGGGAUGUGGCCGAAAUAAUGGGCACUUUUCCUCCUCAUGAGUUACAACGUCUGUCAGAGGAGAAGUCCUGGGAAUUAUUCAAAAAGAUGGCAUUCAAUGAAGAAGCUCAACAAAAUCCACAACUAGUGGAGGUAGGCAAGGAGAUUGUUAAGAAGUGUGGGAAACUUCCUUUGGCCAUAAGAACCGUAGGCAGUCUGCUUUAUGGCAAGGAGGAGAGAAAGUGGUUGUCAAUCAGGGAUACAAGUCUUGCAAAAAUACCUGAGAGCCAAAGUGAUAUUAUGAGCAUUCUUAGGCUCAGCUAUCAUCACCUGUGGUCGCCAUUGAAAAAUUGUUUUGCAUAUUGCUCUUUGUUUCCGAAAGACACUGAAUUGGACAAAGAAGUGUUGAAAGAGCUUUGGAUGGCAGAGGGUUUCAUUAUUCCAGAAAUCAAUGAAAACCAAAGCCUAGAUGAGGCUGCAGAGGACUAUUUUCAAACUUUGCUGCAAAGGGGCUUUUUCCAGGAUAUAAUAAAAAAUGGUUGGGGUGCUAUUACGGGGUGUAAGAUGCACGACUUGAUGCAUGAUCUUGCUCAAGAAGUGGCGGGAGUCAAGUGCAAGCUUGCAAAGUUGGGAGAAAGAAACUUUGAUGAUCGAAUCCUCGACUUGUCUUUUUCUUAUCGUUUGACUUCGUUGUGGAAAAUCCCAAAUGGCAUGUUUAAUCUGAAGCUGAUGCGUACGUUUCUUGUGCCGGAGCAAAUAUAUGAUGGGUCUACCUUUAGUGAAUCAGUUUGCCAACAGUUAAUAAGAAGAUUUAGCUGCUUGCGGGUGUUGGAUCUACAUCAUCUCAGCCUCAAGAGUUUGCCCACUUCAAUAGGGUUCACAAACCAGCCCAACAGCAGUGCUAAAUUGAGUGAUCUAAAGGAACUCAAUAACUUGAGAGGUGACAUGCAUAUAAUGAUCCUCGGAGAUUUUGAAAAGAACAUGCUAGAAGAAGCAGUAGAAGCAAACCUGACCAUGAAACAGGGGCUGACCGAAUUGAAAAUAGACUUUCAAUGUACAGAUGUUAAUGACUGUAGCCAUUAUGAAGCUGUGCUGGAGGGCCUCAAACCGCAUUCUAAUUUACGAAAACUUAAGAUCAAAUGGUACAAGGGUCAGAAGCUCCCAAGUUGGGCAAGGAGGGGUGAUUUGUGUAUUACUCUCCCAUAUUUGGUUAAAAUUCACCUCUACGGUUGCAGCUGUCAACAAGUCCCUGUCUUUAGUCAACUACGUUUCUUGAAGCAUCUUUCGAUUAUGUAUAUGGAUAGUGUAGAAUAUAUGGAGACUGGUGUUUGUGACACUUCCUCAUCAUCAUUAAAAUCGCAAGGGAUGCAAACUCUAUUCUUCCCAUCUCUUGAAAAACUUUUGUUGUUUAGAAUGAAAAAUCUAAAAGGAUGGUGGAAAAGAGAAGAAGCAAUUAAGAGUACAAAUGAUUCAGACAGUACAUCGUCAUCUGAAUUAGUUGAGGCCGGCCAACAAUAUGAUCAGCAUCAACUAUCCAUGCAAUUUUGUAAUCUCUCGAAAUUAGUUAUAUGCAAAUGUCCAAAGUUAAAAUUCCUGCCCUUUUGUCCAAAAGUGGAGGUUUUGAGACUAACUGAGACCAAUGAGAGGCUUUCAGUAUUGAAGAUUGUUACAACUCUAUCAACAACCACCACAUCUUGUUCUGGUUCGACAAGGGGUGAUUUGAAGUUGAAGGAGCUGGCAAUGGAUAAUGUAGAAGACCAACUUAUGUCCCUUCCUAAACAAUAUCUGCACCAGCUUUCUACGCUAACUGUCGAAUUAGAUGAACACUAAAAGUCUAGGAGAAGCGUUUGCAACUCUAUCUUAUUCUCUCCGACGUUUGAAAUUUUUUAGUUGUCAUAAGUUGAGAAGCAUAUCUCAAGGCCUGGAACAUCUGACUGCAUUGGAGAAGUUGACCAUUUGGUAUUGUAAAGAGUUUGAUGCAUCAGAAAAUGAACAACCAGCAACAAGUGGAGAGGGGGAUGAAAUGAUGCCAUGGAAAGCCUUCAAAACUAAUCUUCGCUCUUUGGUAUUUGGAGAACUUCCUAAAAUGGCGAGUCUUCCGAGUGGUCUUCAACAUUUGACGAACCUCCGUUAUCUGCAACUAAAACAAAAUGAAGAAUUGAGGGAAAUACCAGAAUGGAUAAGUUAAAGACAAACUGGAAUUUUUUUUAAUUUUACCAUGUUCCUCUUGUUGUAUUAAUAUUUGAUACUUUCCUACUAUAUAAGUGAUAUUGUAUGUCAUAAAAGUUUUUUCACA